CCCGCCUCUUCCACAUCCACCCCUCCCUCCGACGCCAACACCGCCUCACCAUGUCCUCAACCCCAAAAGUCACCUCCAUCGACGCUCUCCCCGCCUCCGAGGCAAAAUGGAUCGAGUUCCAGAAAAUAUCGUGGACAGAUCAAACAGGGAAGCCGCGCAUCUGGGAAUCGGCAUCGCGGAAGACACGCGGGAAAUCAGGCGUUGAUGCCGUUGCCAUCAGCACCAUCAUCCGGCACCCCUCGCGGCCCGCCUCCACAAUCAUCAUCCUGCAAUACCGUCCUCCAGUUGAUGCUAUCUGUGUGGAGUUUCCUGCCGGCUUGAUCGAUGAGAUGGAGACGCCGAGUGAUGCGAGUCUGAGGGAGUUACAUGAAGAGACGGGUUAUAAGGGCGUUUUGAAGUAUGUUUCGCCGACGAUUGUGAGCGAUCCUGGGAUGAGUACUGCCAAUAUGCAGCUUGCAACUGUAGAGGUGGUACUGAAGGAGGGAGAUAAGGAACCGGAGCAGGCGCUAGAUGAUGGGGAGUUCAUUGAGAGGGUAGUAGUCCCGCUAGAGGAGCUGUACGAGCGACUUUUAAAGUAUUCCGAGGAGGGAAAGAGGGUAGAUGCAAGGCUGUUUCAUUGGGCCGCGGGCUUGCAUUUUGCGAGGACCAUUCUGUAGUAGAGUGAAGAGGUAGAUCGAAUCGUAAGCGAUACUAUCAGAGUCCUACUCUGGUCCACACUUAGG